GAUGCCAGGCUUGGAGGUGAUAGAUGUGGGGGGGGAAGCGACUUACGUGACAACUCAACCCGGAAGUGACAACUCACCGCAGAUCACGGCAUCUCCCAACCCCACCGUCCUCACCGUUGCACGAUAUCGCCGCACUACCAGAACUCACAACCAUGAGCAAGUCGUCUCGCCUAGCGUUCAAAGGCGAAAAUCCCAUCGAAAAGAAGAAGAAGCGGAAAAGAAAAGUCGAAGCAGACGGUGACGACGCAGCAACACCACCCGGCCGCGAGGAUGCCUCUCAUUCCGGGCCGCAGGAAGGCUGGGUCUUCAUCGACACGUUAGACGACAUCCGCGGGCCUAUCAUGCUCCUCUCCACCGCCACCGAACCGCCCAGCGUCCUCGUCUGCUCCGACAACACCAGCAAAGUUCAGUUUAUGCCCAUACCGUCCGACCACACGCUCGUCGAUUUCGACCCCUCGGCCGUGACGCAGGUCAUGGUCGCCAAACGCCUCCCAGACUCGACGAAAGUGUCCUUCCGCGCCGCGAACGACAGGUACCUCGGCAGCGACCGGAUUGGGGUCGUUGGGUGUGAACGCGAGGCGAUGGGGCCGGCUGAGGAGUGGGAGCUUGUGGUGCGGGAGGACGGGGUGGCGUUGCAGUCGGCGGCGUUUGAGAAGUUUUUGCAGUGCGAUGAGGCGGGGAAGGCAAGGGCUGAUUCGACGGUUGUGGGGUUUCGGGAGACGUUUAGGGUUAAGUGUCAGGCGGAGAAUAAAGUUAGGGCGAAGAAGAAGAGUAAGAGGGAAGGCGCUGUUGAUGCUGCGGCGUUGGAGAUUGAGCAAAUUAAGAAGUUCCACAGCUGGGGUGGAGGCCGUCUGGUCCUAACCCAAGAGGACACGGCCGAACUCCGGCGCGCCAACAAGGAAGGCACCAUCAACGAAACACUGCUGGACCGCCGCGCAAAGCUCAAAAGCGAUAAGUUCUGUAAAUAGGCAAACCGUCCCUCGGCGCACCCAGUCCGCAGCAUCAUCCUCCCAACGCAUGGGCAACUCGCACCACAUUUUUGGGACCUCGCUUUACCAUUCCCCUAU